AUGUCCGCCCCUUCUCUGACCAGCUACAUUGUCAAGCGCCCAUGGCUCAAGCGCUGGAUGAUGCCCAUUGCUGAGUGGUACGCCGACGCGGCCGGCUACAGGAGACUCGGUUUGAGGUUCGACGACAUCAUCCCCGAGGAGAACGACAUCGUCCAGGCUGCUAUCAAGCGUCUUCCUGCUAAGGAGUCCUAUGACCGCGUCUUCCGUAUCCGCAGAGCGUUCCAGUGCUCCGUGUCGCACACUCUUCUCCCCCCUGAAGAGCAGACCAAGCCCUCUGAGGACGUUGAGUACCUGAGCCCCAUCAUCCGUGAGAUCGAGAAGGAGCGCAAGGAGCGUGAGGACCUCGACACUCUCGCCGUCCGUCGGUAA